AUGAGAACUAGAGCGCUUCGUAGCAAACUCACAACAAAAAUACCAACUGAAUUCGAAGUCGAUGCUCUACUGCCCUCCCUCAACAAUGAAGCUAAACUAAAUCUAACUGAUGAAGAAUCUCCUUGCAAUAACUCUCCUCCUCCAAAUGAAACUAGGAUUUCUUUAGAAGAUAACAUUGCCUCUGUUGCUGCUCUUUGCACUCAAACUGCCUUUCCCUCCCUGGUUACUUCCACAUCCAAAUUCCUAUAUGAACUCGGAUUGACCUCUUCCUCGAAAGAUAUGAAUAUUGAAGAUCAGGUUGGUGAUGAAGACAAUCAAUCUCAAGAUGUUGAUGUUCAUAGAAAUUCCGACAGCUCUUCAAUUGAUGAAAACGUUGAUGAUCCUUCAAUGGCAUCUAGUUCUCACAAAGGCAGCAAUUACUAUGGUGCUGCUUCAUAUAGAUCAAGAGAAGGGCUUAGCACUAGACCUGUUACUAAUUCUGAUGAAAUCCAGCUUCGCAUUGAUCCAGUUCAUGCUGACCUGGAUGAUCAGAUUGGUGGCCUCUACAAACAAGUUAGACAGUUAAAGAAUGUAGCAACAGAGAUUGAGUUAGAAGCCAAGAAUCAAAAUGAGUUUAUCAAUCAACUGCAAAUGACAUUAAUAAAAGCUCAAGCAGGGGUGAAGAACAACAUGAGGAAAUUAAACAAGAAUAUCAUUCUAUCAGGAGCAAACCAUGUUCUUCAUGUUGUUCUCUUUGCACUAUUUUGUGUUUUCCUGGUUUACAUGUGGUCAAAAUUUUCAAGAUGAGAACUUGAACCCUCAAGGAAGUACUUUUCACCGACAUCUGAUACCGUUGGAAUAUAAAACUAAAUAAAAUCAUCAUCUGCUAGCAUCAUACAUGAGUUAUUACAACA